AUGGACAAGCACGUCUUAAAUGCUCAAGUUGCGAUCCGCUCGCCAUGCUGUAAAAAAUGGUUCGACUGCGCAGAGUGCCACCACGAGCAGGAGUCGCAUCAGCUGCUGCAGAGCUUGGAGAUGACGUUCGCCUGCAAAAAGUGCAAGAAGUGCUUCCGCAAGGACGCCCAGGAGUUCGAGGAGGCCGACGAGUACUGCCCCCACUGCGAUAACCACUUCGUCAUCGAUGCCGUCGUGCCGAAGCCCGCUUUAACGGUCGAAGGCGAGGACGCGCGGAUGGAUAACCGCAUGCUCAAGGACGAGCGGGUAAAAGGAAACCAGAACAGAACUAUUUUCGACAUCCAGAGCGACGCGGAUAAGCUCGGUUGA